AAGGGAGGGAGGCGCCGGGCUGGGCCGGCACGGCCGCGGGAACCCCCUCGCCCUUGUGGAAAGGGGCCCUCCUUGGGCUGGGAGCCGAGCGCCGUGGGGUGGUGCCUUUGGAGCCACGGGGUGACGGGUUGUGUAGCUGGCUCUGAAGGAAGAGCAAAGGUGAUACAGGUGCCUGCGUGUGCCUGUUACUUCAGAUAUACCUGGUCUCUCCUUCCAUUACUUAUCCAGGGGGCAGCGGGUCAUUACUCCUGCUGCAGCCUUUUUCUCCCAAGUCACAGCUGCAGGGAGCCUGUGGCGUUUCUGUGUUAAAACACAAACUGUACAUUACGGCAUUGCAGGUAGGCCCUGUGCCCCACCUGUGAAUGCCUGAUUAAUGCACGAGGGGCUUUCUCUGCUCUGAGACUUGCCAGGGAAAGCAGACACACCUGUGAAUGUUUGUUAGGGAAAAGGACAGACUGUCUGCUUGUUCAGACCCUUACGGAAGACCAAAUUCGUCAUGCCAUUGUAUGAGUUGGGGGUGGCCUGGUACACUUAGUACCAUGUUCUGUUCUGAUUGUCACUCAUCCAGAAGGGUUUAAUAGACUUCAGUGAGGCCUGAGGUAAGGUCUAGGGACUCAGAUCCUCUUUAGUGAGGUACUGAAUAGCUUCCAUGUGUGUAGGAGUAACUGAAUAGACCUGAAAGAAGGUACAGGUGGAGAGCGAAACAGUAAGGGGAAUGUAUGAGGAGAAAUGCAUAGAAUUAUCUAAUCAGAAAGCAAAUUAGGAACAAAAGGAAGUACUUUCCCACAAAUAAUAAAACUCAUUGCCUCGGGAUGAAGACAGUGCAAUUGGCUUCAAAAAGGAUUUAUUCAAAUGUAUGGAAAAAAGAUUCAUUAUUACUUCUUGGAUUCUGCCUCUGUCUCCUCAGGAAAUCCCAGAACAGCUGAUUGGUUUCUAGAGCUUUCAGAAUAAAAGAUCGUUCUACAGAGAUGGGCAAGGUGUGUGCUGUUUUUGGAGGAUCCCGGGGGAUAGGCAAAGCUGUGGCAGAGCUCCUGGCAGAGAAGGGCUGCCGCCUGGCCAUCAUUGGUAGGAAUCUGGACGUGGCCCAGAGCACUGCCCGUGACCUUGGUGCAGGACAUCUGGCACUUAGCUGUGAUGUAUCAAGUGAACAAGAAGUCCAAAAGACUUUUGAGGAGAUGCAGAGGAAUUUGGGUCCUAUUAACUACUUGGUUAAUGCAGCUGGGAUCAACAGGGAUGGUUUGUUACUGAGAACCAAGACUGAAGAUAUGAUAACCCAGAUUCAUACUAACCUUUUGGGAACAAUGUUGACAUGCAAAGCUGCUGCAAAGGUCAUGAUUCAACAAAAGGGAGGUGCUAUUGUCAAUAUAGGGAGUAUUGUAGGACUUAAAGGCAACUCUGGUCAAAGUGUGUAUAGUGCUACCAAAGCAGGAUUACUUGGAUUUUCACGCUCUCUUGCUAAAGAAUUAGCAAAAAAGCAAAUUCGAGUCAACGUUGUUGCUCCAGGCUUUAUUCGCACAGAGAUGACAGCUCAUUUGGAAGAAGAUCAGUUGAAGAAAGCAAUUCUCCUUGGAAGAUUUGGAGAGCCUCAUGAAGUUGCACAAGCUGUUGUCUUUCUUCUGGAAUCCACGUAUAUUACAGGGAGUGUUCUGGUUGUAGAUGGAGGCUUGCAGCUUGUGACCUAAGCACAUUGAAUAAAUGACUGCUUUAAUGUCAUGAUGGUUAUAUAUAAAUACAUACUAAAUAAAGGGAGAGGGUUGGAAAUUGUUUGAAGAUUGAUGUACAUAAUUGUUUUGGUCUUAUUUAGUCAGAGGAGAAAUUCAGCAGCAGUGAAGUGCAACGUGUGUGUUUAGCUGCCUGAAAGAAUCUGUUUGGUAUUAUAAAGUCUGUGUAUGAAAGAGUUUGAAAAAGAUCUGGUUUUGAUACGGUGAUAGCUUUAAUAAUGUGCUGAUACGUUUUUAAAGCACUGUAUUUUUAUAAAGUCCUGUUUUCUAAUUUGGAAUAGAAUGAGAUUUUAUUUGAAUUAUCAUGUUACACAAAGGUUAAUAAAGUGCAGAGACAUGUUUAUUGGGUGGCAGGUAUGCUUGCAUCAAGUUUUUCAAGUAGAGCAAAGAUUGUGAACUGCAUAGUUUUGCAUUCUUAUCAGUUAGUCCCUACAAAGUAGCAAGGAGUUUCCUUUGAGCUUUGUUUGUUUGUACCUAACACUACAAAGCUAGGAACUUCUAGAUCUUCAGCAUACCUGAAUUGCCUUUAGAAGAUGUAAUUAUAUGCAAUGUGUUUUUAUAAAGACAAAGCCUCCUUGGUUCCAUUCCUGAAUGUAUGCACGGCACUCACUCAAUCCAGUGGCUCUUGUGUGUGCCUGUCGAAGAACUGCUACAGCACUGCAGCUGCUAAUCCUGUCAUAUUCUCAGCUUGAGUUGCACUGCUGAACACUACAGCUGCAGGCCUUGCUGCAUAAGACACUUUGCAAGGACUCAAUGGAUGUUUAGAACAUCUAUCACUUCCAGAGCACCAAGUCAAGGUGUUUUGUGUUUUGCUCUGUAUCUUCAUGAGCACUCAGUUCAGCUGUUAAGUUGAUGCUCAUAUAUAUGUAUAGUCAAUAAAAUAGCCAUUUUAUUUUAUUCAAAGCAACUUUUGAAGCAGAGAAGUUAUUCUGUUGUAAAUGAUUAUGAAUGUUCCUGUCUUGCUGAAAACUUACAAAUGUUUGACCUCAGGCUUUUCUAUUGAAUUCAAGUAGUUUUUGAUAAUUGGUGUUUUUAUUGUCUCUGAAGAAAACUAUGAAUGUGGUUCAAGACCUUAAUUUCUUAGCUCUGGUGUUCAUUGCAUCAUGAUCCAGAUGUUGAUUCAGCUUUUGAAAUUACCUCCCAUCUUGGCACACACCACAGUACAGAAAGAAGAGAUCUCACUGCUGAUAACUGAGUCUUUAAAGUUGGAGAUUUUCUUCAUUUGUGCAGCUGAGAAAUUUUGUCUUUGUGCCAGAAAAGAGUGCAUGUUCAAGCUUCUUGCAGGUAUGUAUUGAGAAAUAAUACAAGGAGUACUUGUAUGAUCAGGAGAUUUUACAGUUGGAUGUGCUACUCACUUUAGAAUAUAAAAUGCUGCUAGAAGUAACCCUUGCAGGAGUCCUUAUCUUCCUGUUAUCCCUGUUAAGUGUCAUAUGUGUCUUUGCACCAAAAAUAUAAUUGCUAGUUAUGUUUUUCCUUGAUAGAAAGAGUUGGCCAGAGAUUAUGUGAAUUUUUUCCAAGGGCACUGAAGGUUAGGAAGGACAGCUGGUACAUUUUCACUAAUCAAGUAGGAAUAUGUCAGUGACUUGGCUGCUGCCCAUUCCCCGUCCUUGGUAUUUUACAAACAAACCCUGUGCGACAAAUCUUGACCAAAAGCCAAACUAGAAAUAAUUCUCUUUUGGAAAGUUCUGACCCUUAUUAUUGUUAUUAUCCUUUUGUUUUGUUGUUUUUGUUUUUGGUGGGUU